AUGGAAUUCUCCAGGCCAGAAUGCUGGAGUGGGUAUCGUUCCCUUCUGCAGGGGAUCUUCCCAACCCAGGGGUCGAACCCAGGUCUCCUGCACUGCAGGUGGAUUCUUUACCAGCUGAGCCCAGGGAAGCCCCUUCUCCACCAUGAGGAACAGAGGAUUAGAUGGAUGCUGGAGACUGACUUCCUCUGUCCCAGGUUAAUUCCUGUUACACCUCUUGAUAUGCCUGCACGUUGGUUUCCCAGAAAAAAACAGUGCUCAUCACAGGAACCAGUCGUCAACCUUCCACCUUACAGAGCAGAACUCCGUGGGGAACAGCAACAUGGCUUCGCUGACUACGCCACAGUGCUUGGGAGUGCUUUCUGUCUCAGGUCUAGGAGGGACCCCAACUGUUUCUUCUGGAAGAGUGAAAGACGGAGAAAGAAGGGAGGCAUGCCCAUUUCCAUCCAGGUCUAG